AUCAGUUAUAAUACCAAUAGUGUAUGUGCUUUAAGCAUGAUAUGAUUCAAAUACUCUUUUUGAUUUCGUUUAGCAUUUAGUUUUGCCUUUACAUGUGUUUCGUGCCACGUGACCUUCGCCAUACUUUUCAGAAAGCGUCGAUUCAAAAAUUAGUUGCUAAAAGUGGGAUAAGUCUAUUAAGAUGGCCUCCCAAAUGGACAAAAUUGACAUGUCGCUUGAUGACAUAAUCAAGCUGAACAAGAAAGCUAAACAGACUGCGAAGAAAGCAACAUUAAAGGUUGGAUUGAAAGGCAGAAAUCUGCGACAAAAGGGGAGAAAUGCCAACCAGAAAACAGGAGUUAGUCCUAUGAAGAGGAUGAAUGUCGCCCAACAGGGAAAGAAAACAAACAACCAGCGGAACCAGCGGGCCAAUAAAGUGGUAAAAAAUGCUGUCACUAGACUCAACAAACAACGACAAAAUCGCAACAGACAAAAUGUUGUCAAUCAGAAACGUGGAAUACAGAAUCAAAAUCAACCCCAAGGCAAGAAAAAGCUUAACCGUAACAACUUCAAGAACACCUAUGGGACUUUGAGAUCAGAUGCUGUUGCUAAGCAACAAAAUGUACAGCAAAAACGGCAACGAAUCCAACAGAAAUUACAACGUGGCCAGAAUAAGAAAUUACAGAUACAGGCUGGUAACCGUGGUAACAGAAAAAACUUGAGUAACCAAGGCAACAGAAGGAAAAACCAGAAUAAUCAAAGUGGAGGAUUACUCACAGUCAACAUAAGGAACCAACCCAGUUAUGGUAAAAACAAGCUGACCAGAAACAAUAUGAGCCAGAGGGGGAAGAAACAACAACUCAACCAGCCAAGAAAGCAGAACAGUACACAGCAAACCAUUAGGAAGCUGCAAAACAAGAACAAGAAUUCUAACUCAAUCCCUCCAAACAUUAAAAAACAAAAUCUAGGAUUCUCAUACAAUAGGGGUGGAAUGUCAAUCUCGCAACGAUUCAGUCAAACAGCCACUCAGAUCUCAGGAGGACAAAAUCGUAACCGUAAUCAACGGUUCUCUAAACAAAACCAGAAUCAGAAUCGUCAGCGUGUGAAUUUAAAUCAGACUGCUCAAGGAAGGAAUAAUAGGAUAUCAAAUAGAGGACGUGGAGG